AUGAACUACUUAAGUAUGCUCCCCUCAUAUCCCCUCUUAAAGCUGCUAGAUAUGAUAAAAGAAUCAAUCCCCUUUACUGACGCGUCGUUUCCAUCUACUAGAGAGUUUUCCGCGAAGGAUCUCCGAACUGUGGGAAAUUACACUAUAGGGAGAUUGAUUGGAAAAGGCUCCUUUGGCAAAGUCUACCUGGCGUCGCAUAAGCUCACUAAUGGCUCCAAGGUCGUUCUCAAAUCUUCUAGCAAGGAAGACACCAAUCUUGCUCGUGAGAUUCAUCACCACCGCCAAUUCCUCCAUCCCCAUAUCGCUCGGCUCUACGAAGUUGUUGUCACAGAAAGUCUAGUUUGGCUGGUACUGGAAUAUUGUCCAGGCGACGAACUGUACAACUACCUCCUUCGCCAUGGCCCGCUACCGGUUGAUAAAGUGAAGCGCAUAUUUACUCAGCUCGUUGGUGCCGUGGCCUACGUCCAUAGCAAAUCAUGCGUACAUCGAGAUCUUAAGCUGGAGAACAUUCUGCUCGACAAAAACGAAAAUGUCAAACUCUGCGAUUUUGGAUUCACUCGCGAAUACGAAGGCAAAGCGAGCUACCUGCAUACAUUUUGUGGAACAAUUUGUUACAGUGCCCCAGAAAUGUUGAAAGGGGAAAAAUACGCAGGCGAAAAGGUUGACGUUUGGAGUCUGGGAAUUAUUCUCUAUGCACUACUGGCAGGAGAGUUGCCGUACGAUGACGACGACGAUCAGAUCACCAAGAAGCGGAUUCUCACGGAAGAGCCUACCUAUAACGACAGAUUCCCAGACGAUGCGAAGGCGCUGAUCAACAUUCUCUUGUCUAAGCGACCACUGAUUCGACCAAGUCUGGACGAUAUCCUUGCCCAUCCGUUCCUUUCCGAGCACGCCCCGGAACAGCUUGCUAUACUCAAAAUCCCCCGACCCUCGCCAUUCACUACGCCACUGGAGAAGACUACUUUGCAAAGGAUGAAGAGCGCCGGAGUCAAUAUUGAUGAGGUGAUUGAGAAUGUUCUGGCUCAACGAUGUGAUCCGUUAGCUGGAUGGUGGGCACUGUUGAUAGAAAAAGAGCAACGCAAAGAACAGAAACGAGACCGCAAGCGCCGGGAGCGAGAACUUGAUGCCAAGAAUCUUCGCCGGCUGAGUGCUGCAAGCAGUCAGAGAUUAUCGACGGCCCUGGCGGAAGUGGCGGAAGAAGGUCAUGUCAGUUCUGAUCUCCAGCAAGAUCGGGGACGGCGUGACAGACGCAGCCUACCUUCCCAGUUGGCAGUACCGGAGCUUCCUUCACUUCGCGAGCCAUUGCCCGGGGAAACACCUGACUUGAGUACUCCGCCUACUCCGAUAGAGAAGGACUCUUUGACCUCUCUCCAACGGCGUCCUGUUCCUCCACCAAAGGAUAAACGGCGACAACGGCCCAGUGUAAUGGCACUCAGUGCCUCGCAGCCUGAGAUGGGUCAGGGUCGUGGCAUCUUUCGCCGUCGCACAAAUCGACGUCAACACCCCUUCAUCAGCCAGCUUGCCUCUUUAAAACAUUGGUUUGUGGAGUCUGCGAAGCGCUCUAAAUCCCCCAGCUCCAAGUCGUCUAGUUCGCGGAAAAAAUUCCUGUCCGAGAAAUUCAGCCCUAUAAAGAGUCAAGACUCGGGGAAGAAACAAUACUCAUUAUCUCCUUCUGUGGAUUCACAAAGGGAGCUAAAGACGCCUACGCAAGCUAAACGAGUCUCCAAUUCCAGUAGCCUGGCUCCAAGCAGUGCUGCCUCUUAUCGACAGAAUCGACAUUCUUACUCUCGCCAGACUCGACCUUUGAACACUGGCUAUUCCAAUCAUCGCAAUUCUCUCUCUCCAUCACCUAUCACACCCCGCGGGUCGUAUCGACGCUCAUCGGCUGGGCUACGUGGCCGCAAGUCCACAUCGUCAUCUGUCUCCUCAAUCCGCAGUAUUCACCACACUCGCGCACACUCCAAAGCGUCAUCAAUUUCAUCCAACAGCAUAGACACAGUUGUGACGCCGACAGCCAGAAUCUCCAAGUCGCCUCACAACUCCAUCAAAGUUCUACCUACUACUCCGGGUGCCUCUGCUAGAUUCCCAAGCAAUAUCCGUUUGGUGCGUAGCUCUAGUGGAGGUGAUUCUCUUGGGCAGAUGCAAUCCGCUUUCAACGAAGCGGUACCUUCGCCAUUGAUUAUGUCUCCUUCCUCGAGUCUGGUCUUUGCACGACGAAAACGCUCUACUUUCAAGGGACCAAUGCUUCACACUUCAAAUCUUAUGCUAUCUGGUGGAUUGGUCCACUCACCCGUCCCUGGGCAACCUGCAGGCACAGGUGAUACCACUAAGCCAACGCACCCUACCUCUCGGAAGAGCCAAAUAAUUGAAGAGGAUGAAGAAAUUGAAGAAGUAGAGGAGUUUGAUGGCCCAGAAGAGAUGAAUGAAUUGGAUGAAGUUCAAUCUGAAGAUGACACGAACGAUUAUACUCCUAGGGCAUCUAUCAAGCAAGUCACGGAGGCUGGAUCUCCUGGCUCUUAUAAGCGGGUGCUUGAGCCUGCUCCAGAUCUGGAACAUAGUUCAAUGACAAUCUCACGCUCAUCGUCAAUUAUUCCCCCAAGUACUUGA